AUGAAUUCGUUUGUAUCAACUACUAUGGAACGACCAAAAGCACUUCAGUUUAUUCAGAAAAAUUUUGAGAUGUCAGAUGAUAUGGAGCCAGUAUUAUUCGAAAUUGAUGCUGAUCCCCGAAAAGUUUCAUUCAAGCCAUUUGCUGAUAUCAGUACUUUCAGUGAGUACAGCAGCGAAAAGGAAGUGCUCUUUAUGCUUGGAUCCAUCUUCCGAUUGAAUCAAAUAUCGCAAGACAUUGAUGGUCAAAUCUCUACUAUUCAAAUGACGUUAUGUAGUGAUGAUGAACAUGAAUUAAAAGGACUUUACGACUAUAUGAAAAACCUAUAUGGAAAUGGCGAAACAAAUCUGCGUUCGUUAGGUUUAGUAAUGUGGAGAAUGGGUAAAUUCGAUCAGGCUGAAAAAUUUUUUCGUCGUCUACUCGAUAGUCUAUCACCGAAAGAUCCUCUACUUAGUGCUUUGUAUCAAAAUCUUGGCCUCGUUGCCUCGGACAAAGGUGAAUAUGACGCGAGUCUACAAUGGUACCAAAAAUCAUUGAACAUCAAAUUACGAACUCGUUCAUCCGAUUAUGUCAACAUAGGCAUUUCUCACAACAGCAUUGGUAUGGUUUAUUAUAGGAAAGGCAAUCUUUUCGAAGCACUCCAAUCUUUCACUAAAGCGGCAACACUUUUCGAAAAAGCAAAGGACGAAAACCAUUUAACCAUGGGUUACGUUUACAAUGGCAUCGGAACUGUUUAUCAACAGCAGAAAGAUUAUUCGAAUUCGCUCCUGUUUUAUCAGAAAUCACUUGCUAUUUAUCAAAUGCAUCUACCAAGUGAUCAUCCAGAUUUGGGCUCGUCUUAUAAUAGUAUUGGUGCCGUUCAUUAUUCUCUUGGUGAAGACGAUCUCGCUUUAGAAUAUUACGAUCGAUCACUUGAAAUUUACUCAAAAUCACUUCCACCUCAACAUCCAGACAUUGCAAUAACAUAUGAAAACAUUGGUAAUGUUUACAAGAGCAAGGACGAUUUAAAACAAGCACUUAGCUAUUUUCAACAUGCAGCUACUAUUCGUCACCAUGCAUUGUCCUCACAACAUCCAAUUACAGUAAGGAACGACGAAGUUAUUCAGCGUCUGAAAGACAAACUUCAGAAGCGUACGAUUCAGUUUUAA